AUGACCUCUUAUAAUCCUAAUUACCUCCACAUACACACACAAAACCAUCCACAAGUGUCUGCACUGCUUGGGGAGGAAGACGAAGAGGCUCUGCAUUAUUUAACCAGAGUUGAAGUAACAGAAUUUGAAGACAUUAAAUCAGGUUACAGAAUAGAUUUUUAUUUUGAUGAAAAUCCCUACUUUGAAAAUAAAGUUCUCUCUAAAGAAUUUCAUCUGAAUGAGAGUGGUGACCUGUCCUCAAAGUCCACUGAAAUCAAAUGGAAAUCUGGAAAGGAUUUGACAAAACGCUCGAGUCAAACACAGAAUAAGGCCAGCAGGAAGAGACAACACGAAGAGCCAGAGAGCUUCUUUACCUGGUUUACUGACCACUCUGAUGCAGGUGCAGAUGAGUUAGGAGAAGUCAUCAAAGAUGACAUUUGGCCAAACCCCUUGCAGUGCUAUUUGGUUCCUGAUAUGGACAAUGAAGAGGGAGAGGCAGAAGAUGAUGACGAUGAUGAUGAAGAAGAAGAAGGCUUGGAAGAUAUUGAUGAAGAAGGAGAUGAAGGUGAAGAAGAUGAAGAUGAAGAUGAUGAUGAAGGGGAAGAAGGAGAGGAGGAUGAAGGCGAGGAUGACUAGCAGAGAAGACUGAUGGAUUCCGACUCUCUUUUUUAUUUUCUUUUUAUUAAAUUUCUCCAGUCCCUGGGAGCAAGUUGCAGUCAUUUCCCUCCCAUCCCCAAUCCCUCUUGUGCUCAGUCGCCCUGUUUCUGAGGUCUCGCUUCUCAAUACCAUGGUUCUCAACUUAUUUUUGGGGAAAUGUCUUGAGCAAAAUACAAUGGGAAAAGAAAGAA